CCCUGCAUUUUCUAGCCAGCCACUCACAUCCUGAGAAGGAAAAGGAAAAAGAAGGGCUGAAAAGCCAAGAUUGAAAACAGAUAUAGAGCUUGGACCCUCAAAGAAAGGCAGCAGCCAUUCUCUUUUCUCGCUCUUUAUCGGAAUGGAAUGAUAUUGACUUUCAAGGCAAUAAUAGACUUCCGCCAGUGGAUAAGAUAUUUAUUUUGUAUUGAUUUGUUUGUCCUUUUGCAGUAAGAACGGACAUAGAAAUUCUAGCCAGAAUGCUGUCCCGGAGAAGGAGGAGGAACUGUUUACCCUAAUGGCUUCAAGAGAAUUGUUGUGUAUUGUUUACUUCCCAUACACCCACUCUCCUAAAGCAUGCGCCAGACGGAAGGUUUCCACCCAUAUAUCCCUGCAAAUUGAAGGAGCUCACUCAACAUCAAAAUCAAGGACUUUUCUCCAACUCAGAAAGGAUACGAGAAAUCUUACUAGUCAACAGACAAGACAGGGUGGUGAAAAAUGUGGAGAGGAACUCUCCCAAGACAUACUGUAGCUGGGAAGGACAUUAACUUCACUUGCUGAGGAUCACGAUAGCUGCCUGAAGGGUCUUGUAGCAGAGAGAGUGUUAUCAAUUCACACUGGCACUAUGGAGAUGGGCUUGGCAAAGUCUCUGCCUUUGGUGGCCAUCUUUGCAGUGCUGCUGCAGUUUUGUCCAGAGGGCUUCAGUCUGGAGCUCAGCCCCAGUGAGAAGGAGGUCAUACUGAGCACCAACUCCUCCUUCACGGUGGUCUGUUCUGGUUGGAGCAAGGUGACCUGGAAGUCUCCCCACGACCCCAGCCUGGAGGGAGUGGCUGUGGAGGACAGGGGAACCACCAGUGUGCUGGUCCUCCACAACGUCACCUGGAGGCACUCUGGGAACUAUAUCUGUGAAGAGCCCUCUACAGAGGAGGCCAAGGACAUAUCGGUGUUUGUACCAGACCCUGAGGAAUGGUUUCUUCCCCUGCAGCAAGCAGUAGUGAUGAAGGAGGGAGAGGAAGGUACCAUUCCCUGCGUGGUGACUGACCCUGGCAUUAACGUGACCCUGUACGAGAGGGCCAGCAAGGCCCGUGUGGAGGGAACAUACCACCCCAGUAAAGGGUUCACCGCCAUCCUGAAAGACAGCUCCUACAUCUGCCGAGGUGCCAUGAAUGGAGAGGAGAAGGCGUCCCAGGUGUAUUAUGUCUACAGCAUUGUGGUCCCCAAAUCCAUGAACGCCUUCAUGACACUCUCAAAGACGGUGCUGAAACAAGGCGAGGCCUUAAUGGUUAAUUGUACUGUAGAAGAAGCAGAGAUCGUUUACUUCGAAUGGGAUUUUCCUCGUAAAGAGACAAUUGAGCCACUGACAGACUUUCUAUCGGAGAUUAGAAUCCGCUCCUUCUUGAACAUCUCCAGUGUUACUCUGGAGGACUCUGGCCAGUACAUCUGCCGAGUGCAGGACCCUCUUUCCGAAACGUCAGCCAUGGAUAAUCUCACUGUCACUGUUCUGGAACGGGGCUUUGUGGAUUUGGAACCCUCCAUCAACACCAAUGUUUCAGCGCUGCAGUAUCAGAGCGUUACGCUCACAGUGCAGAUCGAAGCGUUUCCCAAACCUCAGGUGCUCUGGACCAGAGACAACAACACCCUUACUGGGGAAACUGUAUCCAUUGACACCAGAGAGGUGCAUGAGACCAGUUACCUCAGUACUCUGACCUUGGUAAGGGUCCGGAUGGAACAGAGGGGACUCUACACUGUCCAGGUGGCCAAUGAAGACGACGUCAAGGAGAUAACCUUUGAUCUUCAAGUCAAGUCUUCCCCGAAGAUAAUAGAUUUGUCUGACCAGCACAUAGACCAGGGCCACGGAGUGCUCUGUGUCACAGAGGGGGUCCCCACACCCACCGUCCACUGGUACAGCUGUGAAAGCAUUGGAAAAUGCAGUAAUAAGACCACAGCAUGGAAGUCUCUUUCGGCUGACCAAGAGAACGUCAGCAUCCAGAUGAACGUCAGCUACAUCGAGGCCUCAGGGGUCAACCAAGUCCGCAGCCUUUUGACCUUCCAGACCAUGGGGGGUAUUACAUCAGUACGCUGUGAAGCCCGCAACGAGAGAGGGCGCAGGGCCUGGGACAUCAAACUGGUCUCGAACUCUCUGUUCUCCCAGGUGGCUGUCUUGGCUGCAGUGUUAGCCCUGGUGGUCAUUGCCGUCAUCUUCCUCAUCAUCCUCAUCGCCCUUUGGAGAAAGAAGCCCCGGUAUGAGAUCCGUUGGAAGGUGAUCGAGUCAGUGAGCUCAGAUGGCCAUAAGUACACCUACAUGGACCCCAUGCACCUGCCAUAUGACUGUGUAUGGGAGGUUCCCCGGGAUAGCCUGGUCCUGGGUCACACUCUGGGUUCUGGAGCAUUUGGGAGGGUCGUGGAGGCCACGGCCUAUGGCCUUGGUCACACUCAGUCCACCACCAAAGUGGCUGUGAAGAUGCUCAAGUCCACAGCAAGGACAAGUGAGACUCAGGCUCUGAUAUCUGAGCUGAAGAUAAUGAGUCACCUUGGGCCCCAUCUAAACAUCGUCAACCUACUGGGGGCUUGUACGAAACGAGGUCCCAUUUACCUCAUAACUGAGUACUGUUGCUAUGGUGACUUGGUUGACUACCUUCACCGCAACAAGCAUACCUUCCUGCAGUACUACGCAGACAAAAACCGCAGGGAUGCUGAUAUGUGCAGGAACAGCACAGAGAGUACAGUCCAAAUCCAAGGAAAAAGUGAGUGCGAUGGGGGUUACAUGGACAUGACCAAGGAAGAUUCUUUAAAUUAUGUCCCAAUGCAAGAGCUGAGUGACAACAUCAAGUAUGCAGACAUCGAGCCUUCAGUCAAUGAGACACCCUACCAUCAGGACAACAACUACCAAGGACAAGGCCAAGAGAGAGCAGACGUCGCGUUGUCUAUCAGUGACUCCCCAAUUCUGAGCUACACAGAUCUGGUGGGCUUUAGCUACCAAGUGGCUAAGGGCAUGGACUUCCUGGCAUCCAAGAAUUGUGUUCAUCGUGACCUGGCUGCCAGAAAUGUUCUCAUCUGCGAGGGAAAGCUGGUGAAGAUCUGUGACUUUGGCCUGGCCCGUGAUGUCACGAACGACUCCAACUACAUAGCCAAAGGCAACACAUUCCUGCCACUGAAGUGGAUGGCUCCAGAGAGUAUCUUCCAGAACCUCUACACAACCUUGAGCGAUGUUUGGUCUUUUGGCAUUCUGCUUUCAGAGAUCUUUACUUUAGGAGGAACGCCCUAUCCUGACAUUCCCAUGAAUGAACAGUUCUACACUGCCUUGAAGAGAGGCUACAGGAUGCCUAAACCUGCUCAUGCUACAGACGAGAUCUAUGAUAUCAUGUGCAAGUGUUGGGAUGAGAAAUUCAAGAAGAGGCCACUCUUCUCCUCUCUGGUUAAUUUGACGGGAAACCUACUGACUGAUGCUUACAAAAAGAAAUACACCCAGGUGAAUGAGAGCUUUCUGAAGAGCGACCACCAUGCUGCAAUCAGGUCCAAACCUAUACCAGCAGGGAACCCGGCUGUGUCUUCAGAUGACCACUCCUCAGGGGAUCGAACGGGUCAGGAGACAGGGGAGAUAGAGGAGACUGGGACGGAGGCUGGCCCCUCCCAGACUGACUACAUAAUCGCCAUCCCAGAUAUCCAUGUAGUCGAAGAGGCAGAAGCAGGUGGUGAGGUGCUGGACACCGCCACACAGAGUACAUCAAGUCCUCCAAGCACAACCGACCAGGCUGAUACAGCCUCCCUGGAUGGACCAGAAGCACCCCUAGAAGAACCAGUACCCACAGAGGAAGCGGUGCUUGCCCCCACGCAAGAAGACAAGCUCCCCCAGUCUCCAUGUACCCCUGAAGUGGAGGAGAGUUUCCUGUAGCCCCUCAUUAGAGAGCUGAAGUUAGAGGUGUCUACUGUAUAGGACAAUGUUGUACAUGACAAUGUGUGUUGUUAGUUAAACACUAAUGUUGUAGGCCCUUUUAGGAAACAUUAUAUCGUUAUUAUUUGUGUAUAUUGGUAAUAUACUGUAUAUCUUUCAGGUACUUUUCCCCUUGUAAUGCUAUGAUUCACAAAAAAAAGCAUCAGCAGUUUGACACAUGGCAAUGGUAAUAUUAUAUACAAAUGUAAUCAAAUUGAAGUUGUCAAACUGUAAAGAAAAGUAUAUUUGGCAUGGGAAUACAUUUAAUUUCAAUCAUUAAAAAAAAUAUAAUUUAAA